GUCCACAAAACGUGAUCCAAGCUUGUUUACUUACGAUUUGGCAACCGAAUGAGCACAGUCAUUCUCGUCCUAUUACACUCUCCGGCCGCGCAGUUCAAUCAUGGUUUUGCAAACUUUGGUGCUAUUUUCUUCUUUAUUGUUUUUGGUGCUUUAUUCCUACGGAAGUGAAGGAUUUUCAAGUAAGAAUUGCAGUCAAACCAAUAUCCAGAAUUCCCAACUGGUCUUGUACCCAUGUAGUUCUCGCAUACCUGUCAAUCAAACUGAGUGUCUGUCCCUUGGCUGUUGUUGGAAUCAUACGGUUGACAGCAACAAGACGGUGCAGUGUUUCAAUGUAUCAACAAACCAGUCUACAUUAACCACAAGACUUCCGGUUUCGACCACGCAUGCGCUUCAAUCAACACGUCAGCCAACCAGUACAUCGAACCAACGAGACGGGUUCUGUGUCAUCUACGACAGACCCGUUUGCAGUGCCUGGCUGAACCAGACCAAAUCGAACGAAGGUCCACGGCCAAGAUUUAUCGGUAGAACACUGGGCGUAAACAAGACAGACAACCUGAUCCUGAAGUACAUCGGGGUUAUAAACAACAAUAUAGACAAGGACGAAAUACAGUGCAAGGAACUCCUCAGAAUAAUGCUCUGUCAAUUCACUCUUACUCCGUGCGACAUACACGGUGGACCCAUAAUCUACUGCCGCGAAGACUGUGAUGAGAUAUUCAAGAGGUGCCAGAAACCUCUUACACAACUCCUCGCAGUUGCCAAAUAUAUUAUCGACCAGUCUGGUGUACAGUUCGUACAUAUUGGAAUACCUAAUUGUACUGAGUUAAAGUACUCAUACGAUAUGGCUAACAAUGAGACGUGUGAACACUUUGGAUUAUUUGAUUUCCAAAAGACAUCCAAACCAAGUCCAAAUAAAUUCAUUUGGUUUCUCGUUGGCGGAAUAGGCGCGUUCAUUGUCGUAAUCAUCAUCAUCGCUUUCAUCGUGGCUCGAAAAAGAAGAAUGAUAAAAGCCGCAAGCGUGUAUAAAGGUGUUACGUUCACCGCUGUUACAAUGCGAGAUCGACUACGCGCGGAUACUAUGCUGGCCCUUGACGAAACCAAACUGUUGAGUCUAUAUAAUCCUGAUGAAAUGACCCAGUUCCCUCUCGACCGAGUUGAGUAUGUGAGGGACUUGGGCGAGGGCAACUUUGGCCAGGUGUUUCAAGGCCGAUGUUUUGGACUGCGCCCCGCAGACAAACCAAACACAGAGCUCAUGGUUGCCGUCAAGACUCUGAAGGCGGGCUGCUCUAAAGAGAUGAAAACAGUCUUUCUUCAAGAAGUAACCUUGAUGUCUGUUCUUCAUCAUGAAAAUAUCGUCGAGCUUCUUGCCGUGUCUACAGAGGAAGAACCUUACGGAAUGAUCUUUGAAUUCAUGGCUCUUGGAGAUUUGAACCAGUUUCUCAGAAAACAUGGACCUUUUAGAUUGAAUGAGACGGAAGGUAAAGAAGAGAAAGAAGUUCUUACGCGUGAAGACCUCCUCUCAAUCGCUCUACAAGUAGCCAACGGUAUGGAAUAUCUACAGAGCAUGCGAUUCGUGCAUCGGGACCUUGCCACAAGAAACUGCUUGGUAGGCGAUAGUUUGGCGAUCAAAAUAGCUGACUUCGGCAUGUCGAGGGAUGUGUAUGCUUCUGAUUAUUACAAGGUUGAAGGACAAGCGGUGAUGCCGAUUCGAUGGAUGCCGCCAGAAGCGUUACUCUACGGCAAGUUUACUGUGGAGUCAGACAUCUAUUCUUAUGGGGUUCUACUGUGGGAAGUGUAUACCUUUUCACUACAGCCUUAUUAUGGAUAUACAAAUGAAGAAGUCGUGGACUUUGUGAAGAAGGGUGUUCAUCUGGGGAUGCCUGAUGACUGUGAACCUCACGUCUACGAGGUCAUGAAGAGUUGCUGGAAUCGAGAUGCUAUUCAGAGACCAAGCUUUGAUAUUAUUAAAGCUAGGCUCAAGAACGAAGAAUGCCAAUAUGAUGUUCCUGCUGAAACUGUCACCGAGACUACACUACAAAAUCCAUUGUAUAUGAACACUAUUUUGACCGAUCAAGCAGAACCCACUUCAAAGCAGCACCCGUCACCGGCAGCAACACACAAAACCCAAGACAAACCACGUGUUCCUGAUAUUCCUACCGGAUACAUGAACAUUGGGUAUAAAGACGGAAAAGUCAUUCGUCCUGCGGAAAUAAAACUGGAAGACGGAGAGCAAGAAAUUUAGUUGAGUUAUAACUAGAACUUCUCCUCAAGACAUUCCUAAUUUCUUCAGCUCAUAUCAUUACUAAUAAAAGACGCGUCCUAGUACGACGAGCCUUAAUAGACCUCCUCGGCUCUGACGUAAUGUUGUCCCAUUUCAGACCACGUGUCAUUCCCUUGAGAAUAAUAUUCUUUGUUUGAGUUGUAUCCAUAUUCAUGUGUCUUCUCAUGUGAACCGAACGCAAACCUUAAACAAAAAAAUGAUACUCUAGGGAAUGAGUGGUCUGAAAUAGGGAAAAAAAUACGUCAGAGCCAAUGAGGUCUAUUCCAGGCGUCUGGGUCUCUUAAUAAAUCCAGUCGUCCUUUUGAUCGUUAAGAUUUUCCCAUUUCAAACCCCAUGUCAUUCCUUGAGAAUUAGCCGAGUUUUUGUUUGAAAUUCAUCAAUGUCAAUAUAUAUUUUCUCACUGAGCGUUCGUAAAUAAAGAAAAUAAUACUCAAGCGAAUGACAAGUGGUUUGAUAGGGAAAGAAAUAGUCUCUUCAGUUGCAGUCGUUAGCAGUCGGUCGUAUAUCGGGG